AGGAUCGCGCCUGCGCAGUGGGGAGCGGCUCGCGGGUCCCGCUCGGCCUGCGACUGGCUGCAGUCUCGGUCUGAGGGCGGCCGAAGUGGCUGGCUCUACUAAGAUGAGGCUUCUGCUACUUCUCCUAGUGGCGGCGUCGGCGAUGAUCCGGAGCGAUGCCUCGGCCAACCUGGGCGGCAUGCCUAGCAAGAGAUUAAAGAUGCAGUACGCUACGGGGCCGCUGCUCAAGUUCCAGAUUUGUGUUUCCUGAGGAUAUAGGCGGGUGUUUGAAGAGUACAUGCGGGUUAUUAGCCAGCGGUACCCAGACAUCCGCAUUGAAGGAGAGAAUUACCUUCCUCAGCCAAUAUAUAGACACAUAGCAUCUUUCCUGUCAGUCUUCAAACUAGUAUUAAUAGGCUUAAUAAUUGUUGGCAAGGAUCCUUUUGCUUUCUUUGGCAUGCAAGCUCCUAGCAUCUGGCAGUGGGGCCAAGAAAAUAAGGUCUAUGCAUGUAUGAUGGUUUUCUUCUUGAGCAACAUGAUUGAGAACCAGUGUAUGUCAACAGGUGCAUUUGAGAUAACUUUGAAUGAUGUACCUGUAUGGUCUAAGCUGGAAUCUGGUCACCUUCCAUCCAUGCAACAGCUUGUUCAAAUUCUUGACAAUGAAAUGAAGCUUAAUGUGCAUAUGGAUUCAAUCCCACAUCAUCGAUCGUAGCCCCACCUAUCAGCACUGAAAACUCUUUUACAUUAAGGGAUUUUUUGCAAGAGCAGCGUGACUGACAUUAUGAAGGCCUGUACUGAAGACAGCAAGCUGUUAGUACAGACCAGAUGCUUUCUUGGCAGGCUCGUUGUACCUCUUGGAAAACCUCAAUGCAAGAUAGUUUUUCAGUGCUGGCACAUUUUGGAAUUCUGCACAUUCGUGGAGUGCAAUAAUACUGUAUAUUUUUUUCUUCCCCAAAUCCACUCAGUUAAUAGUUUUUAAAAAAAUGUAGACAUUACUACUUGUACCUUUUUUUCUUAGUCAUAUUUGAAAAAGUAGAAAAUUGAGUUACAAUUUGACCUUUUUUUCAAAGAUGUCUGUUAAAUCUGUUGUGAUUUUAUAUAAAUUUUCCUUUUUUAUAAUUUAAAAUUGAUCUUUUUGGGAAUACAGCUGAAGUUCCCAAGUACUUUAUAAGAGUUUAUCAGACAUCUUAUUUUGGUCCUAUCCAAUUUAUAUAGUUUUCAAAAUACUACGGAUUGUAAACAGUGCAUUAUAUAAGAUUAUGGGGGGAAAUCCUAUAUCCAGAGUACUCUACCAAUUUGUGUGUAUGUGUGUGUGCGUGUGUGAUUACCAGAGAAUUACUAAAAGACCAACUGCUUUUUAAAUCCUGUUACGUAGUUCAAGUGUCUUGCCUUGACCAAUCUAAUGAGUUGAUUAACUAGGCCUUUUUACUUAAUUCAAUAAAAAACUUAAGCAGAUGUAAGUUAAAUAAAAAGUUUGAAUUUAUUGCCCAGUGUACCUGUUAA